AUGGCGCAAACCCCCCAACAAAGACGCGCGAACGCAAAGUUCGCCAAGGACAACGAGGCCCGCAUGGGCAAGUCCGAGGAACAAAUCAAGAAGCGCGUCAAGGAGACUCCCAAGUCGCCCAUUUCUCCCAUCUGGCUCAUCCUUCUCGGUUUUGUCGUCUUUGGCGGCAUCGUCUUCGAGGUCCUCUCCCGCAUGUUCGGUUUCUAA